AUUGUGACGCCUGAAUGGUUGCCGCCAGUGUGGCUCCCGCUCAGGUCAGCUCGGCUCCCGCGCGGGCUCGGCGCAGUCAAGGCGCCGCAAACCCAACCAAGAAAUGGGGUUCCGCAAAACGGGAGGCGCGUGCACGCUCGCCUUCUUGCUGAACCUGCUGUUGAACCUGCUGCUAGCCGAAGAUGAGCACGGCCACGGCUUCCACGAGGAGCACGAGCCCGGCUUCCACGAGGAGCAUGGCCACGUCUUCAACGAUGAGCACGGCCACGGCUUCGGCCUUGAGCACGACCUCGGCUUCAACGACUCGCUGUCCCUGGAAGCGGCUUUGGCCGAGCCUAUCGUGAGGCUGGUGGACUCGGGUGAAAAUUUGACAGAACCUAAAGAAGUAGAAUUUGGAGAAUGCACUGUUACGUGUGGUAUUGGCAUUCGAGAAGUUAUAUUAACCAAUGGAUGUCCUGGAGGUGAAACAAAGUGUAUUGUUCGUGUUGAAGAAUGCAGAGGACCAGCUGAUUGUGGCUGGGGCAAACCUAUUUCUGAGAGUCUUCUUAGUGUGAAGAUACCAUGUAUAUUUGUACCUCCAGAAAAUCGAUUUCAAUACAUUUGGAAAAUGUUGAUUCCAGACCAACAAUCACUCAUUAUUCCUAAUGAUUCAGCUAUUUUGGAAGUACACAGAGAUACUCAUCCCGUUGCAUUUGAGUGCGAUACAAUAGAACAUGAUGAAUUGAUUGCAUCUGUAAAAUACACAGUUUACACCACAGCUGAGCUGGAAACAAGACGUUUGAAGAAGCCAAGUACAGAUAUCGUAUUGGUAUUUGUCCUCAUAACUGGAGUUAUAGUUUGUGUUGGAGUUAUCUUCGCAAUAACCUUCAUCAUUCUUAAUUGGUAG